CGGUUUUGCUUGGAUUCGUCUCCUUCUAAAGACUGGCCUAAGCUUGUGAUAGAGCUAAGAUCCUUCGGGCAUGGGCGAUCCUUCCAAUGGAUUAGAAUAAAAUGAUCAGUGACGAUCCCUGGUCAUAUUGCUAUAUAGCUGGAAGAGAAGAAAUUCAGUUCUUGGAAUUCUCCAGUCUCGUCAUCACUUGGUACAUUUCGUUCUUCUUUGCCAUCGCAUUUCAUAAUUGGAGGAACUGCUGUGUCCUAGACUUUGGCCUGAUGCAUGACAAUGUCUCUGUUCGACUUGGGCUGUGUUCGUAGUAGGCACUUGGGCCCAUAUAAGAUCUUUGUCGUAUGGAAG